AUGAAUCUGCCAGCUGAUGCAGCCGAUAUAUUGAUUACGAAAAUGCGGACCAGAAUUUUCGUGGAGACGAAAAAUUUGGUGAAAAAAGAUCUUGGAGAGGUAUGUAGUAGUUUGUCGGGUCCUUCUUGCCACUUCGAACGGGUCGGUGGAAACACCAAGAAAAUUAGCAGGGAAACGACGCUAGUUGGUGGAGUUAUUCCGGAUCAUUAUAUCAGCGACUCGCCAGGGUUCGAUGCGUUAGCUGCGGCAAUGCCGUAUGAUGUGUGGGAAUUCGAUCCGACGAGUCUUCCUGAUCUGCUGCUACCUCCUCCCGUUGAGAAGUACGAGGGUAAAAUGCUAGAUUUGAAACAACAAGCUGUCGGGCGACGGGUGCCGUCGGGAUUUUCGCAAGGACUUCCGGAUGGUGUGGUAGCGUCGUGGCAAGGGAGAUGGCUCGUGGAUGAUUCUUAUCGGGCGGAGAAAGGAACGUCACUGCCCACAUAUAUUCGAUUUUCAAAACCAGUGUUAGCUCGAAAAAUAUGGAUAGAAUUGGACUCGCCGAUUCCCGAGGAGACAAUUAAUGUUAAAGGGGAGAAAGAAAAGGAAAAAGUGGGGAAAAAGAGGAGGAAACAACAGGCUGCGAUAGUGAUUUUGCGGAGAGGAACGGAGACUGUUUGGUCUAGUAGAAUGCUUAUUGGAUCGACGACUGUUGAUGUUUUGUCGCAUGGUUUAUUCGGUCAUGCUCCGUUGAGUCCGGUAGAUGAAAUUGUGGUAUUGUCGCGAGGCGCUGGGGUGAGAGUAGUUGCUAUUGAACUGGAUGAGCCUGGUCAUGUUUUGGUACCGUUGAUGCUGUUGACUAAAAUGCCGGUUCCUGAGGGUGGCCUUGUGCUGAAACAUGUUAUGGUUGAUUCCGUGUUGUUGAGGAAAGAGCAGCUGACGAGUUUGCAUGAUGCGAUUAGUGGUGGAUACGAGUUAGAGUUUGGCAAUUCGACUGGCGGGCCGCUGACAGUAGCUGAGACCGUUUUAGGUGAUGAAUCGAAAUCGAUUAUCACGUCGCACUUGCUGAAGUUGUUGGCGGCGAAUGACGAAAUUCCAUUAGAGUUGCGGAGAGAACUAGAAGGCAGAAAAGAUGAAGUUGAGGAGUUAGCACAUAGAGUGUUAACUAGAGUUGUCAGUGGUGGUGAACUCUACACAAGAUCGAAACCUGGUGAUUCGACUGAUGACAAUACUUCGACAGAAUCAGUUGAUAGUGUUGAUGAUGAAAUAGAAGAAGUACAGAUCGAAACUUACGACCGUGAUAAGAGGCUGCAGACAGUGGAGGAUCUACUUGUCGCUGCUUUGAUGCAUAUGUGA